AUCCGGCCGCCGUCACCCUACUGCCAAGAUGGCGACCCACAGGAGCUGCGCUCUAUGGAGCUACUGCGGUCCUAGGUGGUCGUGGGUGAUGCGGUGCUGCCGGCUCCCCGGGUUUCGUAGCUCCUGGCCCAGGGGCCCGUUGGGUGCGCGGCACUUGUCCCAAGAGAAGCGGGAAACGGAAACACAUUUCGGGUUUGAGACUGUGUCGGAGGAGGAGAAGGGGGGCAAAGUCUAUCAUGUGUUUGAAAGUGUGGCCAAGAAGUAUGAUGUGAUGAAUGAUAUGAUGAGUCUUGGUAUCCAUCGUAUUUGGAAGGAUUUACUGCUCUCGAAGAUGCACCCGUUUCCUGGGACCCAGCUGCUUGAUGUUGCUGGAGGCACAGGUGACAUUGCAUUCCGGUUCCUUAAUUAUGUCCAGGCACAGCAUAAGGGAAAGCAGAAGAGGCAGUUACGGGCCCAGCAAAAUUUAUCCUGGGAAGAAAUUGCCAAAAAGUACCAAAGUGAAGAUGAUCCUUUGGGCGGUUCCCGGGUUGUGGUCUGUGACAUCAACAAGGAGAUGCUAAAGAUUGGAAAGCAGAAAGCCCGUGCUCAAGGACACAAAGCUGGACUUGCUUGGGUAUUGGGAGAUGCUGAAGAACUGCCCUUUGAUGAUGACAAGUUUGACGUUUACACUAUUGCCUUUGGGAUCCGGAAUGUCACACACAUUGAUCAGGCACUCCAGGAAGCCCAUCGAGUCCUGAAACCAGGAGGACGGUUUCUCUGCCUGGAGUUUAGUCAAGUGAACAAUCCCCUCAUAUCCAGGCUUUAUGAUCUAUAUAGCUUCCAGGUCAUUCCUGUCCUGGGAGAGGUCAUCGCAGGAGAUUGGAGGUCCUACCAGUAUCUUGUAGAAAGUAUCCGACAGUUCCCAUCUCAGGAGGAGUUCAAAGAGAUGAUAGAAGAUGCAGGUUUUGAGAAGGUGACUUAUGAAAGUCUCACAUCAGGCAUCGUGGCUAUUCAUUCUGGCUUCAAACUGUAAUUCCUUUACCAUUCUGGAGUGUGAACCAGUCACACCCUGUCGAAAGCCUGAAACUGAAGGAGAAUCUUGCUAAUGAGACCGGCAGCAGAACAUCUCCUCUUAAGGUCAUGUGCCUUGGACUCCUGUUCUGACGUGACCAGUCUCAAAGUGUUAGAAACAGAUCCCUGUCACCCUACUGCGGCUUUCACUACGAGCUGCUUCAGGGCUUCUCCCAGAGAUACUUGCUCUGUAUUUUUUGCUCAACUCCUGCUAAUUUUUCUUGGCUGUGCAGUGUGUGGUUAAGGUAAAACCAGCACUACUUCUCAUUUUUGAAGUGCAUUUGUAGCUUCUCUGCUGGUGCUGCCUUCCACAGGGAUGACGACUCAUUUGAACCCAAUGAUGAUUUGAACCAGAAAACGUCCUAGCUGUACCUGAGUCAAUCUCUCAGCCUAGGACUAAGUCUGGGGCCAAAAACCAAGGCCCAAGUCAGAGUGCUAACAAUCACAACUAGAAUUAUGAACUGCAUCACUAAAUGAGUUUACAAUUUGUGUGGUAUUUGUUAUUUCUUCUUGGGUGGGGGAGUGAGGAAAUACAUUUUUGUCAUCACUCAGUCCUCUUCUACCAAAAACUACUAUUGGAUCCUCAAUGCCUGUCAUGAAAAAAACAAACCCUUGAUGAAAGAAUAAAUGUUCCAGAAAACUUC